CUCAUGUUAGCACACCUGGCUAACAGCUACAAACAGUUGCACUUAACCAGAGGAGCUGCUCUGGAGCUGCAGGAGAGGAUGCACAACCUCGAAGAUGAAGGAAAAGGGAGAGAAAUGUGCUACAAACAAGAGAGACGGCGCCCUCAAUGAAAACUAGGUUGUGGCAGGCCGGUAGAUGAUGAAGUGAUGGAGAUGUUAGGAGGCCACGGCCAUUGUGAUGCUGGGUGGCUGUUACUUUGGAACUGCCAUCUGCCGAAAAGGAACUGGUACCAUUCAUGUAACAUCAGGACCAUCCUGUGGGUGCUGUGUAAUGACAUUCUCAGCCUGAAGGUGGCAGGAGAUCCAGUGCUAACCCCCAACUCUGUGUGCCUGAGGCUGGCAGGCCUCAGUAAACGUCAGAUGCGGAUGUGUGUGCGGAACCCUGAUGUGACCGCAUCUGCUCUGCAGGGCAUCCAGGUGGCCAUCCAUGAAUGCCAGCACCAGCUACGGGACCAGCGCUGGAACUGCUCCUCACUGGAGGGCCUUGGCAAGCAGCCUCACCACAAUACAAUUCUGAACAGGGGUUUUCGGGAGAGCGCCUUCUCCCUGGCCUUACUGGCAGCGGGUGUGGCUCACUCUGUGGCCUCGGCAUGCAGCAUGGGCAAGUUACGGGGGUGUGGCUGCGAGUCCAAACGUCGCCAGGACGAUGACAAGAUUCGACUGAAACUCACACAGCUGCAGCUUCAGACCCUGCAGAAGGGUGGAGUAGGCCUCGACCUAACACGGUCACUGCCCAUGGAGCUAAACGGUCACCAUGGUAACCUGCCCUCUAACCUGCGUUCUACGCACCCCUCGGCCCUCCUCAAGCCUUUACCCGAUGACCUAAGCUCUAUGCAGGACACCUGGGAGUGGGGGGGCUGCAGUCACAAUGUCAAGUUUGGGGACCGUUUCUCGAGAGACUGGCUCGACUCCCGCGGGUCUCCAAGAGACAUCCAUGCUCGAAUGAAGAUACACAACAACCGCGUGGGGCGACAGAUAGUGACGGACAACAUGACGAGGAAGUGCAAAUGUCACGGCACAUCGGGGAGCUGUCAGUUUAAGACCUGCUGGCAUGUGUCUCCGGAGUUCCGGCUUGUGGGAUCUUUGCUCAAGGAGAAGUUCCUGUCGGCCAUCUUUGUCAACUCCCAGAACAAAAACAGUGGGGUUUUCAAUUCUCGAACAUUGAACGGCGCCAGCAGAAGCACGGGGGGACUCAACGGGGGGCGCCGUCGAAGCAUCUCCAGGGAGCUGGUGUACUUCGAGAAGUCCCCCGAUUUCUGCGAGCGCGACGCGUCCAUAGACUCUCCAGGUACGCAAGGACGCAUCUGCAACAAGACGAGCUACAGCACAGACAGCUGCAGCUCCCUGUGCUGCGGCCGCGGCCACAACAUCCUGAAACAGACUCGCAGCGAGCGCUGCAAUUGCCGAUUUCACUGGUGUUGCUACGUGCUGUGCGAAGAGUGUCGUCUCACAGAGUGGGUCAACGUGUGCAAGUAGAUCCCCGCUCUCCCGGUUUCCGAUGCUUUUACCGAAACAGGACUCAAGAUGGCGAGCCUGUCCCUUCGCCCACUCCUGUUGUUCGAGUUUUUGUUUUGCUCCUUGUGUAAUUCUUUCAGAGAAUCUGUUUAUCCGCCCCUUUCCUUUUUUUGGUCCAUCAUCUGGGAUCUAUUUUCUCUUUGUAGCCGCUGUUAUUCUCGAAAUGCCAAGUCAGAGAUUGAAGAGGUGACUCAUGUCAUUUGUCUUGCCAUGGUCUGCUUAGACGCUGCCCUCUCAACCAUGAAAACGGCAUGUACCCCAUCUACUCUGUCCCAGAAAAGAGAGACCGGCUGAUGAGCAUUUCUCUUCGUCUACACUCUGACUUAUCUUAUUGUACAGUAGCUGUGUAUUUUAAUAUGUAUGUGUAUAUUUGUAAAUGUAUUAUUAUUAAUAUUAUUGUUGUACUAGAGCCUGUCGUUUUGCCUCUAGUGUACGACAGACCGAUGCUGGUUCAGGAGGGUGAAGUCUCUUUGGAACUGAUCAGGCAGGGGAACAUUACUUAUGUGGGAGUCUUUCUAGACAAAGGUUUUUUACUAAUAGAGGGAAAAAAAAGACAGAGGACUGUGUUUGUGAAGGACUGAUGCAUUCGAUCGAAAGCUUUUUCACGGCAGCGGGAAGACUGAAAGCACACACGGGACUUUUAUAAGCCCACCACAGCUUGUGUACUCGUAAAACUCAAGAUGGGAAAAUAGAUAAAAGGUCAGUUUUGGAAACAAAGUCAGUCCUUCGAUUCCUUUUUACACUGAAAAAAACUAAUCGGAUUUAUUUAUAUAAUUGUAACAAUAGUAAAUGCUUAAUGAGAAUGGUUGGUAGUGGUCAUGUUUUUCAUAUCUGUAUCAUGACAGAAAUAUGCUUCCUUUUGUUAUAACUGUAAUGUGACGUGUGUCAGUUUCCUGUGAAAUCACGUCUGAGCCCGAGAUAUUAUUCGCCUUUUGUCCAUUUCGUCGGUCCGAGCGCUCCUUAGAUGCUUCCCACAUGUAGCACAUGUCAAAGUGAGAGAUGGACCUACUUUAGUCUCCAAAUGAUGCUGACGGGAGUGUGUACGUCGGAGUGUGUGCGUCUGUUGCUGUGUAAAUGGGGGGUAAGGUCUAUGCGCUACAGAUUUGGGAGGUGAGAGCCCUUUUUUUUUUUUUUUUAUGGCCACAUCAUGCUGAGAGAAGGGCUUUUUAUGGCCGCAGGAUAUUGUUUCCUUAAAGUAUGACUUUUAUUACGGGAGAGAAGCAUCCAGAGAGCAGAGAGUGGGGUUGAUUAUACCAGUCUUUGCUGUGCGAGCAUCUGAGGGGAUCAUCUGUCCAGAGUUCAUAGCCAAGGAAGGGACUUGCUGAACCACGUGCUGCUGGGACGCCGUAUCCCUGUUACCUGGGCGACAGACUACACAAAAAUAAACACACGAAUACAUGCCCGCGUUCAUGUACCGAGACAUGUACAAUAGCUGGCACUGGUGCGCAAUCAGAAACACACUUGCUCAUGCGCGCACAUAAAACUGUAGAUUUAGCGAAAUGCUAAUGUCACCGUUUGAGUUAUGAUCGCAGCAUUCCUGGAUAACUUAGACAAUCCAAACUGUCUCCGUGCUCAGCUUGCCGGGAAGACCUCUCCUGCCACAUAGGAUUUAAUGCCAAUUAAGUCUUGUUUGUAUGGACUUUGGUAAAUAUCCCCUGACUCCCGAGGAAUGGCAGUGCCAGUGGCUGAAUUGACUCUUCUGUAUUUUUUGGUAUUUAGCGACGGAGUAAAAACGGCGAGCGGUAUGGAACGAUAAGGGCCUGGAUUUCUGGCCUGUAUUUCUUCAUUCCUUUAUCAUUUCACCCUGGAGCUGCUGCUGCAAAGGGGAAUUUCCUGUCACUGUUUCUCCCAUGUGUGAGACAGAGGUUGGUGGACAGCCUGGGACUGCUUUCUCUCUUUCUCUCUCUCUCUCUCUCUCUCUCUCUCUCUCUCUCUCUCUCCCUCUUUCUUUCUCUCCCAUUCUCCCCCUCAUCGCUGCAGACAUGAGACACAUGCAUAGCAACACAUUGACUGCCCCCACGAGUAAUGACAUCCAGACUGGGCCGAAAUUAAAGAGAGGCAGCCAGAGAGAGGAAGUUGGGAUAGAUAAAAGUUACCCGCUUUGAGUGACAGCGUGAUUAUAUGUAUAAAGUAAGGCGAUUUAGUGUGUUUAGUUGGAUAUAAAGAUGGGCAGAUAGAUCCUUAUUCCGCGUACAGCAGAGAUGCAGGAGCGAGGAGGAGGACAAACGGGGAACGGAGAAGGGGGUGAAUAAAGUGUACUCGGUAUAAAUACAUGCCUCAAAACAUCUGCUUCUCAACUCCCCUUUCAUUUUUUGAUGUGGGACAGGCAGAAAAGGAGAGCGGGAGAGAAAACACAAGGAGCCAGCUACCCAGAACAUCAAAGCCCCUGCCCUCAACGUGCAGGCCCUCAUUAGUUCAGCUAGCAGAACCAACGAGACUUGUGAUUGUGUUUGCUGGGGUGCGCGCUGGCAGACACUUCAGAGGAAAGGCUCCUUUAAGUCAUAACUCCCCACCCUACCUCUCCUGCCACCACCCGAGCCCGCUCUAACCCCCCUGUAACCCUCUCCAAACGCCCCGCGCACACAAACUCGGCACGCUCCCCCACCAUCCACUCCACCCCAUAAUCUGGUCUGCAGCUGCAAACAUCUGCUACCCUCUUUAUUCCUUAUGCCUUCACCACUGAAUUGAUAAACACAUCUAUUACCGGACCGCUGACUGACACGCAACCGGGAGGAAGAGCCCGGCAGAUGCUGGAUUCACCUAUGGCUGCAGGGCUUGGUUUCGGGGCGUGUCGUCUAAUCACAUUUUUAGACGAUGAUGGCGAAAGGGAAAAAAAAAAAAAAAUCACGUUGGAGGGAAGUCACGUUUCCUCCUAAUCCCUCAAAGCAUCAUCACCUGAAAACCAUAUAAAUCGAUCACACCACAUCUUGAAAUACAUGCUGUCUUUUUUCCUUUU